AUGGCGGGGUUAAGUCAGGGAAGGUCAUAUCGUAGGCAAUUGUUUGAUGAGAUAUUUGAUUUUAGUGAAGAUGAUAGUUUGUUCGCUGAAGAUGUGGAGGAAGAUGAAUCAGCUGGUGAUCAAGAUAUGAACGAAGGAGGCAUUAGAGCAGUAGCAAACACUAAUGCUAUUGAAGAAGGUCCUCUAACAGGGAUGUUAUUUCCUUGUAUCAGCACUAUGUUCAACUUCUAUAAAGAACAUGCUAGAUUGAAAGGUUUUAGUGUUUUCAAAAGAUCAGCAGUUAAUGUACGGGGUGGAUCUCGCAAAUAUCAAACAAUUAGUUGCAAUAAAGGAAGGAAAGCAAUUGGUGCGAAAUCAUCAAAAAGGAUAAAUUGUCCUGCAAAGAUUAAUGCAAUCCUAAGAGAAAAUGGAAUGUGGUCACUGAAUAUGGAUAUGAAGAGGAGAUUGGAGGCAAACGAUAUAGCUGGCAUAAGACCCACAAAAAGCAUUAGGUUGCUUGAAGUUCAAGCAGGUGGACCAGAAAAUUUAAGCUGUUUGUCAAAGGAUUGUCGAAACUUCAUUGAGCGAAAGAGGAGGCUACGACUUGGUGAUGGUGAUGCUGAGGCUAUACGUAAGUUGUUUGUGAGAAUGCAACGAAACGAUCCUGAGUUUUUCUAUUCAUUUGAUCUUGAUGAUGAUUCCAGGCUUUCAAAUGUUCUAUGGGUUCAUCCUCGUAGUCGAGCUGCUUACGAGGAAUUCAAUGAUGUUGUUAGUUUUGACACUACUUACCUUGUUAAUCGAUACAAGUUGCCAUUUGCCACCAUUGUUGGAGUAAAUCAUCAUGGGCAAUCUAUUUUAUUAGGAUGCGCCUUGAUCUCACAUGAAGAUGUAAACACUUUUAAGUGGUUGUUCAUGACGUGGCUUGAAGCAAUGGAAGAUGUUCAUCCUAAUUCUAUUCUUACAGAUCAAUGCGAGAGCAUGAGGAAAGCCAUUAGGGAGGUAAUGCCUAAUACUAGACACAGAUUUUGCUUGUGGCAUAUAUUAUGCAAGGUACCUGAGAAGUUUAAGGGUGUUACUGAUUAUGAUAGUGCAUGCCUUGAGUUUAAAGCUGUAAUAUAUGAUAGCUUAACCAUCGAGAUGUUUGAGAGAAAUUGGAAUGAGUUUGUGGUGAAGCAUGGGUUGGAAAGAAAUGAAUGGCUUUCCAAACUAUAUGUUGAUAGGGAGUAUUGGGUUCCAAUUUAUCUCAAUCACACAUUUUGGGCUGGAAUGGUUUCGACUCAAAGGAGUGAGAGCAUGCAUGCCUAUUUUGAUGGGUAUGUUAACUCAAUGAGCACACUAAAGCAAUUUGUGGAGCAGUAUGAGAUUGCUAUGUGUGACAAGAAUGAAAAGGAGUUCUAUGCUGAUUUCAAAUCAAAAAACACAGUUGUAAAUUGCAUAUCUGUUUUUGAAUGGGAACAACAGUUUCAAAAGGCAUUUACUAAUUCAUUAUUCAAGCUCGUUCAAGAGGAGAUUAAACGAAUGUGGUAUUGCCAUGUCAUUCAGCCAACUGAAGAGGGAAGGCGUGAAGCAGAUAAUGAGCCAGGAAUUGAGAGACAUAAAAUUAUGGAGAAAUCCAUAAUCAACAACUGGUUUCGUAGGGAGUUUGUUUAUGAUGUAGAGUACAGGGAAAAUGGCCAAUAUUUCAACUGCAAUUGUAAGAAAUUCGAAUCAAAAGGAAUAUUGUGCUGCCAUAUCAUGAGGUUGAUGUCACUCAAAGACAUAAAGUUCAUCAAUGAACGAUAUUUGCUUAGGCGAUGGAGAAAAGAUGUUAACCAUGUCCAUAGUAAAAAGUUUUUUCACGGAGGGUACCCACAUAUGACAGAGGAGUUUGAGAAAUACAGGGAGAUGGAGAGGUUAUUUCAAGAAGCUUCCGAUUUGGCUUACGAUGACAAUAAGAUCAAAUUUGUAAAACAACGGUUGGCUGAAUUGAAGCGGGAUUUAUUGAGCUGGAAUGAUGGAAUGAUUGCUCCUACCAGUAAUGCACAGGUUACUAUUGACACUAACAAUGUUGAUGAAAAUGAAGAAAAUGAAAGAGUUAUUCUUAAUCCACAUGUGACUCGUAGUCGUGGACGGCCACGAAUAAACAAGCACAGAUCAGUAAGGGAGAUCACUCAACGAGCAAAUUCUGAUAGGAAUAGAAACAGUGGAAGGGGCAGGCGUAGAGGUCGACCAAGAAACAAUAUUAACUCGAAUAUUGCUGAGCAGGUUGGGCCGCAUAAUAGCCAAACACCAGGCAGUCAAACACAAGGAAAUGUUGCUGAUGCUGUAAUUAAUCCUAUUGUCAGUGGAACUAUACCAAGCCAUCAUAGUAUUAGGCAUUAA